AUGAAGUUCGGCCUGAUCUCUAAGACUCUUCGUUCCGGUGUUUCAUUAACGAAAGACGAGAUCCGCUCCUUCAUCGAUCGGACCGCCCACUUCAGGGACUCGAGCGGCAGCGUUCAACUGCCUCCAAUAUUGGCUCAAAUCACCCUCACUACCGCUUCUAGAUCCUUGCAAGAAAAAGAGCUCCGUGAAAAGCUUGAGACCACGUUCGGAGACUUAUACCACGAUUUGGACGAAAGCUUCCGGCCCACCAAUCUUCGAGAUAUAGCUCAGAGGAAGAUAAUCCAAAUCUACACCGGAAUCAUUACAGCAAGACGCUUCAAGCGCAAAGAAAGGACAGCGAAGAAAUGUUUUGGAACUUGA